AUGAAAGCAAACCUUAAUGCAAGUUUGCUUGUACAGUAUACGUGAUGUCAACAGAAACUGAUGACUUCUGAGGCAACGGGAAUUUGUAUCGAUGCACCAACUAAUAAUUUCUUUGUCAAAUUUGAUUUCCCCCUCCACCCUGAAAAUAUAUAACACAUUUUGGCAUUGAUGAGUGGCAUCUGUGCCUCCCACUCUUUGAAAAUCUCCGCUGUCCGUCCGCCGUAGCUACACGAAGCAUAAUCUCACCUCCCCUUCGCCUCACGGUUAGCGCGCUAGACUACGGCAGCUCAUUCAUACAUUCAGCCUCUCUCUCUCUCCCCGUCUCUCUCGCUAUGACUCACACACUCUCAGCCUCUCAGCCUUCACUCAAAGCCUGACUGCUCUUACACAUUAGCAGGGCUGGAGACGAGACCUGCACAUACCAGAAUUUAAAUCUCUGAAGUGGAUCAUCAUAAAGCAUCUGCAGAAUAAGGAGACUUAAAAGCAUUCAUGGAAAAACAUAAUUGCCAUGGAUUUCCAAGGACAAGAAAGAACAAGAAACAAAAGAGGCAGAAUUUUCUCUAACUGAAAAACUGAAAAAAAUAAUUUAAUUGUUAAAAUUGUAAUGUUUCAUGCAAUUCCUUUGAAGAAGCUCUUCUCACAUUAAGCAAUAAUGUUUACAGAAUGCUCCAAAACAGUACAAUCCAUGCUAAAUAUUUUGCGAUGUUCUGAAUGGUCAUAAAUUAAUUGAUCAUUCAUACAGUCUGGAAUAAACAGUACCUCAAGCUUUCAUCUCAUUUUAUGGAGGCCUUGCAUAGCCAGUUGACCACAGGGGAGCAAUCUGGAGGUUUAGAAAAGCAGAAUGAGACUCCAGCAGACAGCCCCCAGCAACAUUCAGUCCCACAGUAUCAUGAACAGAACAAGGUUGUCACCCAGCAGCAGCAUGCACAACAGCAAAAACAUCUUAAUAUUGAGAGAAAGCGUCUCAGAUUGCAGAAGAAAACUGCUCAGGAGACAGACACUGUUGAAGACAGAGAGUCACAGAGAAGUUCAGAAUGUCUCGAUGCUAACAUGAGGCAGCCAAGUGAAAUGCCAUCUGGAGCUGCAUCCUCAGCCGUAUCCGCUAUACCAUCCUGUUCCACGGAUGAUGUCCUGGAAGGUACACCUAGACAAAAACGUGAGCGCAAACCUCAAAAGCCCGGAAAGUAUGUGUGCUCAUACUGUGGUCGAGCAUGUGCUAAACCCAGUGUGCUUCAGAAACAUAUUCGAUCCCACACUGGAGAGAGACCUUACCCCUGUGCACCAUGUGGGUUCUCCUUCAAGACUAAAAGUAACCUUUACAAGCACAGAAAGUCCCACACUCAUAGGGUGAAAGCUGGUCUGACUGCAGAAACGGAGGGACCUGGUAUAGGUUGUACAGAGGAGCCACUUUCAGAAUCAGAUGACGAAAGCCAACCAUCGUCCUUUUUAGAAAAACAAAGAAUGUCUAUUGAAAAGUCAGAUGUUAUAGAAAAGAGCUCUGAGGGACAGUUACAAGGUAUAGAAGACUCCCACGCAGUUAAAAAAAGACUUGCAAUGCGACUUAGCAGAGGAAGGCGAACACCUAUAGGAUCAUCUGACGAAGCGUCCUCAUCGUUUGGUCUAAGUAGCAAAGGUAGCACAGAGUCUGGCUAUUUUUCUCGAUCUGAGAGCACAGAAGUCUCUCAAGAUAGUCCACCAAACACAAGUGCCAAAAGCUAUGCAGAGGUCAUACUUGGAAAGUUUGGUCGCCUUGGUCAUUUACAAAGAACUGCUCAUGAACAACAUGGCAAUCCUGCUGGGCAAGAAGGGAAAAGAAUUCCAUUUACUGUGCCUAAAAAGCAAGUUAUUGACCACAUAACUAAACUCAUCACCAUCAAUGAGGCUGUGGUAGACACCAGUAAGAUUGACAGCGUCAAACCCAGAAGGUUCUCACUCUCUAGGAGAAGCAGCACAGAAGUGAAGCCAACCUCUUCUAAAGAGUCUUUUCUUCACAGCCCAAAAGAAAUAGAUCUGAGUGCAAAGAGCAGUGGUUCUAUUACUCUUGGCGUACCUUGUGAGAAAUUUCAGCACCAUUCCCUCAGUAUCCAGCAAGCUGACCCAACCACCACCGCUCCUCUUCUAAGAAGUCAAUCUAUGCCUUCAGAUGCAGGUGUUAGUGAUGUGUCUGAAACUUCUCGUAGCCUUCGCCUUAGCCAGUCCUUUGAUGACCAGCAACCAGUUCAAAAUCGGCGUCAUGGUAUGCUAAGGCGGCAGCCCGCAAUUGAAUUGCCCAUAGGUGCUGAAAUGACCAUGGAGGAACAAUCCUAUUCCAGCUCACCAUUUCAUCCCUCAGUUUCUACAGUGCCUGAUCCCAGCCUGAAACAAGAGCCAUUUGAUUGUGAUGCAUGUGGUAUAGUUUUCACUGACUGGGAGAGAUAUCAAACACACAUACAGCACUGCUGCACGGUUCAUAUUUCUCAACAAACUGAAAGUCAAGUCUAUCAAGUGGAAGAACCCACAAGAACACACACAACUCGACCUGGUGCUUUUGCCUUUAGAAAAAGAAGGAAAGAAGAGAGUAUUGAACUUGAAGAUCCUUCUUUACCUUCUGUUUCUUAUAUACCACUGAAAGGUUAUACAACAUCUUGUGAACAGCCUGUUAAAGGGACAAUUCAAGAACAUGGUACAGAAGGUGCUUUGAAAGGAAUAUCUGUCAUACAGCAUACUAGUUCAUUUGAGAAACAUGAUUUGAGUACUGUAAAAACUCUUGGACCAGAUGAGGUCUCUCACUCUCAUGAUGCCUCACACUGUUCUCCUUACUCACAAUCAAAGCAACAGGCAACUAAACCAUCCUUCCGUAAACUUGUACGUCAACACAAUGUACAAGUGCCAGAAAUCCUGGUCACUGAAGAUUCUAACACCCCUCCAACUGUCCCCAAAAUAAAGGAUGUUGAAAAAGUCAGUGAGUUCCAAUGGCCCCAAAGAAGUCCAACUUUGGCUCAGCUUCCAAUUGAGAAGUUACCACCUAAAAAGAAACGUCUUCGUCUUGCAGAAGCUGCACAGUCAUCAGGAGACUCAAGCUUUGAAUCAAUGUCCCUGCCUCACAGUCCGAGUCAAGACAGUUGUGUGUCUCAUACAUCCAGUCGAUCAACUUCGUUUGAGGAGGCUUGCAAGGGUGAUGCAGAUACGACACCAACUAGGAAAUCAAGAGCUACACAUACUUUGACAAUUCCCACAAAUUCCCACAGAGAAAUGAGGCGCUCUGCAUCUGAGCAGGCACCCCAUGUUCCUCAACAUGUUAACCUUAUUACAGAAACUCGCAGUAAGUCAUUUGACUACAGCAGUUUGUCUCCAGAUAGAACACCCGCAGGAUGGAGAGAAAGGCGAAAAUGCCUUCUAAUGAGGCAUAGUGCAGUGAGGGAACCUGAGGAGGAAGACCAAACUUCUAAAACCAUCAACACCAGUUCUCCCACUCAAAGGACUAACACAUCGCCUAGCUAUAGCCCAGGCACCUCCUACAGUCCAACCACCACCCAUCUUGUGACUUUAAGCAAUACUAUACACUCAUUUGGUGAGAAGCAGGUCAUGCAAGCACAGCAUGUUUUACCAGAGAAUACCCAGCAGAAUGCAUUGCAGUUGACUCCAUUGAUUCAUACCGAUCAACCCUCAACAGCUGGAAGUCUGCUUUGUCCAUCAGGUGCUGCCAGAGCUCAUUAUUCUUCAAUGUCAACAGGACUUAAGCUCGAAAUUCCAGUGGAAAAUGAAUCAAUGAAUUCUGACACAAGGGUCAACCAAUCGUACCUCACUCAUUAUUCCCAUCAGAAUCUUGGUUUUGAUGUUACUUCAAACCCAGAACCAUUGAGACCUUUACCAGCCCAGAGAAUUCCAGUCCGUCUUAAUUCACACCUUACACAUUAUGCAGGCUCAAUUUAUACUACAGUUUCACAAACAUUUACCGCAAGGCCUCAGGAACCAUGCUGCUCUGGAGUAAGUUCAGGUUUAGUGGCCUCAAAAUUUGAAAUCAUGGACCAACAACCAGUAUCUGACGGAUCCAAAUCAAUAGGUGCAGGUGCAACCAAACGAGUGUUGUCCCCCACGAGCAGUGAGGAGCUCAUUCCAGAAAAUGAGCAACAGCAAAAAAGAGUGAAAGAGGAGGAGGACGAUCAUGAAAAUGAAAGUGGAAAUGAUAAACUUUUAAUCGAAUGCAAGAAGGAAGAAAGACUUGUUGAGCAAAGUGUCAUCUUCCCUAUGGAACGCAAAGAACCAUCGUUUCCGACUCUUAACACUAACCUUAAUUUUAGCUGGUGCUAUCUAAACUACACAAAGCCCAAUCCGUCCAUACAGAGUGAACAACAAAACUCAGUCUAUUCUUCAUGGUGUACAAGUACCCGCAACCCAUACCCUCCUGGCCUGACAAGCAAGGACAUGCUAGCCCUGUUGCACUGCAGGCAGAAACAUGCAGCACCCAUCUACACCACGGCAGCCAUAUCAUCCUCUCUGGAUGGGAAACAAGAAACACCUGACUCCCAAAAGCCUAACGUAACUGAGGUACAUGCCACCCAGCCCACAGAACCGAAAGAAACCCAGCAAGCUGAGUUGACAGAGGUAGAAAAGAAAACAUCGGAGGAGAAGGAGGAUCAACUAUCUACCUCCAAAUACAGCUCACGGGUUCAGAUUUGUGAGGGAGGCUACAGGUCGAGUGAGGAGUACGUGUAUGUCCGGGGCCGUGGCAGGGGCCGAUAUGUAUGUGAAGAGUGCGGAAUACGCUGUAAGAAACCCAGCAUGCUGCGCAAACACAUACGACUGCACACGGACGCUCGGCCUUACGUCUGCCAGCACUGCAACUUCGCCUUCAAAACCAAAGGGAAUCUAACUAAACAUAUGAAGUCAAAGGCUCACGGGAAGAGAUGUCCAGAGGGAACCGCUCCAGGACCGGUCCAGUGUGAGCUUGAGACAGAUGAGGGAGGUGACGGCGAUAAGCAUCUCCUGGAGACGGAGCUGGUGGAGGAGCACCAGUUCUCAGACGCAGAGGAGACGGAUGGGGACGAGCCUGAAGACAACGAUGAAGGUGACGAGCGAGCGUCGUGCUCCUCCUCGUCGUCUCUGUCCCGGGGCCCUCACGGCUCCGCCGGCGUCUCUGGCCUGUCAAACCCAGGCUGGGAGCAGCAUCCCAAAGCUCCUGUCAGCAUGAGCCCCCGCAAGCCGAGCCACUACGGAGAAGCCUCGUCUCCUAAGACCAGCAAGUCCAUCGUGACCCUUCCGCACCUCCAGCCGGCCGCGGGGAAGUGCUCGUCCCCCAUCCGCAGCCUGUCCCCCGGCCUGCAGAUGUCCCCUGCUUUACCGCAGUCUCCCGGACGGGACUUGUCCCCUCUACGCUGUCCCUCGCCGAGACCCAGUCUCUCUCCGGCCUCCUGCCUGUCCUCCUCGUCUCCCUCAAACCGCCCGGACUCGUCUUUCCCAGAGAGACGCGUGUCCCCCAUUAGAGCCCUGUCCCCCAUACAACCCGCGUCUCCCGGCUGUCCACUUGCACUGACCGUCGGGGCCAGCGUGACUAUUCAGUACCAAGCCGAUAAACCCAGAGAGCCAACAAAAGCCUCACCCACCAGACUACAUCUCAAGACCAAACUGGAGAAGACGCACAGUCCUCAGAGAAGGAGCAGCACGAGCCAGUCCUGGCCUCCGGCUCAGGGGCGUCUCUCCAGGAACACGCAGCCCAGGGAGGGCCAGCGUGUGUUGAGUCACCUGCCCCUCCACUCGCAGCCCCAGGUGAUGACCAGCCUCACCAUCCCCAUCGGCGGCAUCCAGAUGGUGCAGCCGCGCUCCAACAUGCUGCUCCGGAGCGCAUCCCUGAACCACAGCGUGGCCCAGAUGACCGUCACCCUGCUGACGAAGGAGAAGGGGGCCGACGGGAGUCCGCCGGGCCAGGUACCUCACCGCAGGAACCAGCUGAUAGUGUUCACGGAGCCUGCGGUGGAGGGGUGCUCCACGAGCGACGAAGACGAGGAGCAGAUCAAGGGAGUCGUGUCAAAGAAGAGGGAGGUCCCCGGCGUGCCCAUGACCACCUGGAAGAGCAUCUCUCAAAGAAACAACAGAAAGCAUUCUAGAAGUCCCAAGAAAGCUCCGCCGGUGGACUCGUCGAGAACAUCCAUGGAUGCGAAGUGUUGAAGGACAAGUUCAGCCGGAAAUGAGAACGCUGUUGUGCAUCACCUCAAACCUGCGCGUUAGUUUUGCUCUUUCAACACAAUAGCUUUUGGUAUUCGCUAGGCUUUAUUUUGACAGUGCAGUUUAACUACAUGUCAACUAAUUAUGAUUAAUUCGCAACCACAUGUCUACUAACUCUCUUAGCAGACGGUUAGGGCAGGUUUAGGGUUAGUAGAAGAAGUGGACAUGUACUUUCCGAUAGUAUGUAGUAUGUUCAGAAUAAAGCGUUAGAAGAGACGGUCUGCUAACGACUGCUAGUUGACAUGUAGCUACAAAGUUACUUGAUGCUAGUAGAAUGUUUAAAGUGGGCUAUCGAGAAAAAAAAAACGUUAAUGGGAGCUUGGGGCAAAAUGCAACCAAAAAAGCCCAAAAUGAUAAGGUGGCCAAAACACAAUUAAACUAAAUAUAUUAUGGUCGUAAUCUGAAAAUGAAGGAAAAGUGUUGAUUUUGGCAUUAUAUUUAGAUCUGCUCAUAUUGCAGCAGAUUUCAGUUUUCCAAUCAGAGGCGUUCGCUGUUCACUUCCUCUGAAUAGUGCCCUCUUAAAAACACUCGCGAAUAACCAUUUGCAGAUGCAGUACAAAGAUGAAAAAUACAAAACAGCAAUAAACCAAUUCAUAAACCGUUCUUGAGCUUGUUUUGCAUAACCAGGUUAUGAUGCGCAGUUUUUUUGAAACAUUUACAGCGUUAAGAAAUCAAACUUUUUUAAAGCCAAAGCCAAAUAAGGUACAAAUGUGUACUAUUUGAAAGGGUAUCACCCCGCUGACGGCUUUUGUACCUUUUUUCCUGAGACUAGGUUUCAUAGACUAUAUUUACACACGCUGGCGUGGCUUCGUCCAUCUUUAGACCCCGCCUUCUCGCAUGCCCUGAUAGGUUGAUUACGUACAGAGCCUGCACGCUAUUGGUCAAACUACUUUUGAUCGCCCAACGCCGGCUGAAUAAGACUAAUGCGACGAUCAACACUUUUCACAAUUAGAUUUUAAAUAUAUUAAAAACACAUUUAAAGUUUUCAAAGCCUAUUCCUCGUGCGAAAUCAUUCUUCCUGACGCGCUGGUUUGUGUGGGUAAGCGACGACAGAGCUUUCGUUUCUGAGUGAGCUGUGCUUCUUUCUGGGGCCCGCCAGAUUUUAGGAAGCGGAGAAAACGCCUCAGACCGCGGUUCAAGUCGUUGGACUGAGCUUCGCUGAAUAGUUUUGCUCGGUUCAAGCUAGUUAUGUAGAUGUGUAGAUACAUUACCUUCCUGAUCUAUGUAUAUUUUCCUGUCUGCAGUCCGCAUUUUACGUAGACCUACCACGCACGCGCGCAUCUCUGUGUGUGUGUGUGUUACGAGGUGUAAAAUGAACACAUUUUAUUACAUAUAUUUAAUAAAAUAAUAAAUAUAUAUACGAGGUGCCAAUAAAAUCCAUUUCACAUUUUUAUUGUGUUACAGCAUGGAAGCAUUAACAAAAAAAUAAAAAAAAAUUCCACUCGUCACCGAACAAAAUAUAUCUAUUAUUAGAAAUCCUACUGUACAAAUGUAUGUUUUUAUAUGCAUUUAUACUAUAUGCUAUGGCAUCGCGGCAUCUGUUUUUCUUUGUCGUACGUGAUGGUCGGUAGGCUGUUUUUUGGCCAGCAGUCAAACUCACGCGUUUCCGGUAAACAGGCCAGACCGCGCGCAGAAGACGAGCAGCUCUGGCCGGUGCUUCAGUUGUUCUCGUGGUGUUGAUUAUUUCGGUGUGGGAAGAUGUCCGUGCGGUGUUCCUCCUGUUGUGAUGUAAUCUUUCAGACAGGACAAAGUAUUAUCAGAAAUAUAAGAGUAACAUGAAUUGACACGGUUUCAACGGUCUGUUGUUGCUUUACCUGUUUAUUUUAUUCGAUAAACUAUGCACAAAACGU